UUUAAUGUUCUCUUGUGCUUCUUCCCACCAGAAGACGUGGAUGCUGCCUGCGAUGUCACAAACCUCACACCAUUCAACAUUUUAGGAGGCAGAACAGAAGUGCUGGAGAACGGCACAGCGCUUCAGUAUAUAUGCCCAAAUGGCCAAUACCCAUAUCCUACCGAGUACCGGAUUUGUAGUGGAACGAGAUGGAGCACCAUGAGAAACAUAAAUAAAAUGAUCGUCCACCAGGCCCGUUGCCGAGAUGUUCGUUGCCACAGGAUUUUAGAAUUUGCAAGUGGUGACUAUGAGCCCUGGCAGGCAUAUUACAAUGUAAGCCAGAAGAUCACGUUUACUUGCUACUCAGGGUACUCCAUGGGGGGGUCUGAAGUCCGCACCUGCCUCCCCAAUGGGAAAUGGAGUGGAGAAACAACGAUAUGUGAAGACGGAAGUGGCCACUGCCCUAACCCAGGUAUUCCGAUUGGUGGCCAAAAAGAAGGCAAUGAAUAUCGGAUAGAGUACCGGGUCCGCUACCGUUGUGCGAGUAGUCUCAUUCUUGUGGGAUCCUCUGAACGGACUUGCCAAGAAUCAGGAAUCUGGAGUGGAACAGAACCAGAGUGUUGGCAGCCAUUUACUUUUGAUAGCCCACAAGAGGUUGCCUCCAAGUUCAUCUCAUCUUUGAUGGAAACUGCUGAAGCUGCAGAUGCUAAUAGAAAUGUCUGUAAGUCUUUGUAGAUGGAACAGGCUUGGAUCACUAUAAUUUUCCUCCUAGCAUAAUAAGAGCACAAUUAUGUUGUUAGAUGCUCUCAAUUCCUCUGAGUAGUAAAAUAUUCUAGGGCAAUUUAAUGGAAUUUCAUUUCAAUAUGGAAAGAGAGUGCUGAGGGCUUUU